CUGCUUAUUAAGAAAAACUUUUAAAAACAUAUCUUUUUUUUUCAUAAAAAAAUAAAACAAAAACGUGACUGACUAUUAAAAUGUGAAAUUUGGAUAAAAUAAAAAUUUGAAAAUUGAAUUAUGUGAUUUAAGAGUAUUUAUUUCUUACAGUUGUUAUGACAUCAUCAAUUGUCACUAAAAUGAUGGAUGACCUAGAGUGGCCCAGAGCUCUGAACAAAGUCAUUACUCAGAGAUGGAGCCAACUGAAGAACACCCUUGUCAUGAAAGACUUUGUAGACUACCUUAUACAAAAACGAGUAGUUACCCUCGACUACUGGAUGAGUCUAAAAUCUAAACCAAUUUCUGAGUCUGAGCGAACUGAGGAUUUUCUAGCACUCGUCAUGAAGUUUGACCGACAAAAAUAUAACUAUUUCAUGGAAGCAUUGCUUUCCAUCCAAAGACAUGACCUGGUUAAAAGCUUGGUCAAAGUGGACAAAGUUAAAUCAAAGAAGCCAACUGACACAGGAAGUGAUGCAAAGCAACAGUUUCCUAAAAAGGUCACUGAAACAAUUGAAAAAAGUAAAAAAGUAAAGGAAGCUGAACAUGAUAAGUACUACAAAGGUCAAACAGAUGCCGAUCAACUACCUAGUGCAGAAUCUAAAGACAAAGGAGCAGACAAAAGUGGGAAGGUAGAAGUAAACACUGAGAAGGCAGAAAAACAGGAACCAUCAUUAAGCCGACAAACUGAAAUUUCAGAAAAAUUAUACAAAGGAAUCGGAAAUGGGGACACAGGAUCAGGGGAAAGCAGCAAGCAAAAUAAAGUUAUAAAGGAAAAUACUGAUAAAGACAGAGUUUCAUCUGCAAAUACCAAAAUCAAGAAAAAUGCGGAACACAAAAAAAUAGAAAAAACAGAAGUUAACGUCCCUGAAAAGACCAAGGAGGAUAUGGCAAAAGAUGUUAGACCUGGGACAUCAAAAAGUAGGGAAGAGAUCCUAGAAGAAAGAGAGAAUCUACUAAAAUCUCGAGAAUCUGAACUUAGCAAGAAAGAAAAAGAACUCAAAGAUCAUGAAAAGAGCCUAAAGGAAAAGGAAACAGAAUUACUGACAAGGGAAAAUAGUCUUCUGACAAAUAGAUCAGUGGUGAAUGAAAUGGUACCAUUGUCUUUACCUGCACAACUGCAACAUUUAAAGAUGGCUGACUCUAACUCACCAACCGCUUCCACAACAGAGUCAUCCGAACUGUUAGCAGACGUCAGAGAGCAACUUAAAGCAAUGAGGAAAGUCAAAGAAGAAAUAGAAUCAGAACAUACUUCUGUUUGUCCGACACCAAAAGAAGAGUUUGCAAGACUGCAGGACUUCCAUAAUGUACAACAAAAUAUAGAUGAGCUAAAAGAAGAAAUUGCAACCGAUCGAGAGAGUCGAGAAAAUGUCCAAAGGAAAGUUGAACAUUUAAAACAUGAAAUAGAAAGUCUUCAGAGCACUAUCAAAGUCAUGGAAGCAGAAAAAGAAACAAAGAAUACUGAGGUUGAUAGAGAGAUCAACAGAUUAAAAACUGAAAUAAAAAAUUCCAAGUCAAAUUACAAUGAAGGAAUUAAUCGAAUUAAGAUGGAAAUGAAAUCAAAAGAAAAUGAAAUUAAAGAAUUCAAAGAAUGUCUUGAAAAAGAUAAACAGUAUUAUGAAAAUCUUGAGAAGAGGAUAAAAGUUUUGGAAAAUGAUAAGAAGAAAUACGAAAUUGACUUGGCCAGAUAUGAGGAAGAAGUUGCUGAUCUAAAGCGAACCUUAGAAGAAAAGGAAAACAAACUGGCCGACUUGAGAACUGUUCUUGAGCAAACUGAAAAUGAGAAAGAGGAAUUGAUAGAUGAAUUAGCAGAGUUAAAAGGUGAAGUCAAUAAGCUGAAGGCAGAUAAGAAGAGACUGGAGUCAGAGAAAAAGACCUUGCUUGGCAGAUGUGUCAAACCACAAUGGAACCAGGGUCCACCUGGUACCGGGAGACGAAAUAUGUUUAAAUAAUUUUGUUAAAAAAACAGAAAUGAAAAUUUAACAUUCACAUGAGUUACAAUAAUAUUCUUUUGUACAUAAGCUCUAUGACCUAUGCAGCAAUUUUUGCAUAAAAAGGAUAUAUUUCAAAACUUUUAAGUGUUAAAGGGACUCCACUGAGGAUUUUUUUGAGCACAUAUUUCAAACUUUUAAGUGUUAAAGGGACUCCACUGAGGUUUAUUUGAGCAUAUAUUUCAAAUUUUAAGUGUUAAAGGGACUCCACUGAGGAAUUUUUUGAGCAUAUAUUUCAAACUUUUAAGUGUUAAAGGGUCUCAACUGAGUUUUUUUUGACUUAUUGGACUUGUACAUUCUUUUGGUAUCUGGAAACCAUUUGAUGUAGGUCUAGAUCAACUUGUGUGCAAAAUUUCAGAUCAUUCUAUCCAGAAUAAUUAUUGUGGAAAAUGUAGACUGGCAAAAUUUUCAAUAUUUUUUAUGGUUUAUAUAUGAUUCAAAAUUAUCAUAUGUACAUGU